GCUCGAAAGAAAGCUCUUACUGCUGAAGAAAUGCUCGGCAUAACUCAAGGUGGCCUUCUCACCCCUCGUCCACAGGCAAUCACCGGUGCUGGUUAUCGUCUUGCCCCAUUUCCUGGGCCAGGUGUUGGAGAUUCUACGCAACUGCCCGAUGGACAGAAAAGAAUUGGUUCCGGCAUAAUUGGCCUUUCGACUACUCCAAACCCGAAUUCUGCUAAUCUUUUCUCGGGCAAUCCUAUUACGAACUCAGCAAGUCUCUUACCUUUAGGUAUGAGCAGUUCUAUGAAGCUCAGAUUACCUAAUUGUGCUGUUCCUGGUGCCACUGUUGGCCCCUUGGAGUCACAAUCUAGAAUGACAACAAGUACCCUGCUUGACCCCUACCACUUUGCCUAUCCUACUCGAGGCGUUAUUUCAUACACCCUGCAUCAAGCCUUUGAUGGCACGUAUACUUCCGCCUCGCUGAGUAGGCUCCUAAAUGAACAAUCCGCGCCGGACAUACUUACUUCUCCCCCGACUCCAUCAGCACCGAAUACUUUUGGAUGCUCCGACUCACUAUCUUCUACUCGAAACCAGAUGCCUUUAGCUACAGCAAUCUCAGGUCGGCCUAGCGAUGUUUUCAAUCGUCUCACUAGCUGCACUCAGAAUUCCCCAAAUCUCAUGCGGUUAGUAUAA